ACCACCACACCGCCAUGCUCUCACUCCCUCGUCAUCGUCAGCACGUUCGUCCUCAUAAGCGGACCAGCCAAAACCCUAAUUUCGUCGUCCCCUGUUUCGCCAAGCGCGUUUCCCCUGUUGUUGAUUUGUGUUGCAGAUACGCGAAGCACCGACCGGUGAUCCUCGCGCACGCAUCUCGAGGCGCGCGAGCGACGAUCGGAGGAAGAAAUCGCGAUCGAUCGAUCGUUCGUCUGUGAUCCAUGGAGAAGGAGCGGGUGAGGAAACGACCUCGGCUCACCUGGGACGUCCCGCCGGCGGUAUCGGAGGCGCGAGACCAAUCUGGUUUGGCGGGUGAUCAGGUGGCGGAACGGCACCCGUCGCCUCCGAAGAGGGACGACGACCGUGAAGGGCAUUACGUGUUCAAUCUCGGCGAGAACCUCACUCCAAGAUAUAAAAUACUCAGCAAGAUGGGUGAAGGCACAUUUGGGCGUGUCUUGGAAUGUUGGGAUCGCCAAACACAAGAAUAUGUGGCUGUUAAGGUUGUCCGAAGUAUAAGGAAGUAUCGCGAUGCAGCAAUGAUUGAAGUGGAGAUACUUCAACUCAUUGCCAAGAAUGAUAGGGGCAGCUCUCGCUGUGUUCAAAUUCGGAAUUGGUUUGAUUACCGCAAUCACAUAUGCAUAGUGUUUGAGAAGCUUGGACCAAGCUUAUAUGAUAUUCUAAAGAGAAAUAGAUAUCAUCCAUUUCCUGUGGAUCUUGUUCGAGAAUUUGGACGUCAGCUUUUGGAAUCUGUAGCAUAUAUGCAUGAUUUGCGCUUAAUUCACACUGACCUGAAGCCCGAAAAUAUACUUCUUGAAUCUUCUGAAUCUGUUAAGAUUCCUAAUCUUAAGAGGACGAACUCAGGUGCGAUGCAGUAUCGGUGCUUGCCCAAGUCUAGUGCCAUUAAGGUGAUUGAUUUUGGUAGUACUGCGUAUGAUAAUCAAAAUCAUAGCUCCAUCGUUUCUACGAGGCAUUACCGAGCACCGGAGGUUAUCCUAGGUUUAGGAUGGAGUUAUCCUUGUGAUUUAUGGAGUGUUGGAUGCAUACUAAUUGAACUAUGCACGGGGGAAGCUUUAUUUCAAACCCAUGAAAAUCUCGAGCAUUUGGCAAUGAUGGAGAGGGUGUUGGGACCUCUACCGGAGCAUAUGAUUAGAGGAGCCAAUCGGGGCGCCGAAAAGUAUUUUAGACGAGGAUCACGUCUAAAUUGGCCUGAAGGGGCAGUUUCAAGGGAGAGUAUUAGAGCUGUGAAAAAACUCGACUUUUUACAGAACCUUGUAUCUCAAAAUGCGGACUCCUCAAGAUCUUCUCUCACCAAUUUGUUGCGAGGUUUGUUGAAGUACAAUCCAUCAGAACGGCUCACUGCUCAUGAAGCCCUAAAUCACCCCUUUUUCAAGGAUAUGGCCUGAGGUGUGUCGCCGCCGGUGUUUUACAUGAAAGCAGCUCAGACUAAGGAGUUUUCCCUGUGCAUAUCUGAAAACUGGUUGGUCUGGAAGGGAAAAGGAACCAAGGAGGCGGUUGCACCGGCUAUGUAACAUUGUGUGUCUGAUGUGCGUCUUUCCUAUGGCUGAGGCCUAGAAGAAAACUCCCUCUUUUCUAAUGGGGGAAAAGGCUGUGCUGUAGAAGCAUAGAAUUUUGAUCAGGAAGUCAUAUUAAAGGCCGUCAGAAAGAUAACCAUGACUAGUUCUAAUCCACGGAGUCAAUUUAACAGAAACCUUCUUGUAAUCGUUUAUGUGAAGAGUAGUUGCCGCGGAAUGAAGUACAUUGUGGUCAA